GGUGGCAAACCUGUACUUCCUGUUUCUGGUGCUGCUGAACUGGGUGCCGGCAGUGGAGGCCUUCCAAAAGGAGAUCACCAUGGUGCCUCUGCUGGUGGUCCUCAUUGCCAUCGCCUUCAAAGACGCUCUGGAGGACUACCGGCGCUACCUGUUCGAUAAGACUGUCAACCACAGCCUGGUGCGCAUCUACUGCAGUAAGCAGAAAGCCUACAUUGACCAACACUGGCAGGAUGUCCGGGUGGGAGACUUUAUUCGCCUGUCCUGCAACGAGAUCAUUCCAGCUGAUGUGUUGCUGCUGUACUCGUCGGACCCGCGAGGCAUCUGUUACAUCGAGACGGCCAACCUCGACGGGGAGACCAACCUCAAACAGAGACGGGUAGUCUCAGACCUGCCCCUGCAGGGAUCGGAGCUGACUCCAGAGAGCUUCUAUUGUCGUAUUGAAUGUGAAAAUCCUAAUAAUGACCUGGGCCGGUUUCGAGGUUACAUGGAGCACUCCAGUAAGGUCCGCGUUGGUCUCCACAACGACAACCUUCUGCUGCGGAGCUGUACCGUCCGCAACACGCAGACCGUUGUCGGCCUCGUCGUCUACGCUGGCCAUGAGACCAAAGCCAUGAAGAACAACAGUGGGCCGCGGUACAAACAGAGCCGUCUGGAGAAGCGCCUCAACAGGGACGUGUUGUGGUGUGUCAUCCUGCUGUUCUCCAUGUGUCUGACAGCAGCCAUAGGGCAUGGUCUCUGGCUCCAGCGAUGGACUGAUCCCAUUUAUUCCGUCGCUGAGCAGGUGUCUCCUACACUGGCGGGAUUCUAUGUCUUUUGGACGAUGAUCAUCGUGCUGCAGGUGCUAAUCCCCAUCUCCCUUUACGUGUCUAUCGAGAUUGUGAAACUAGGCCAGAUCUAUUUCAUCCAGAACGACCUGGCGCUGUACAGCGAGCAGCUGGACUCAGGCAUACAGUGCAGGGCGCUCAACAUCACGGAGGACUUGGGGCAGAUUCAGUACCUCUUCUCCGACAAGACCGGCACUCUGACAGAAAACAAAAUGGUGUUCCAGUGUUGCACUAUACAUGGGGUGCAGUAUCCACACACACAGAAUGCGCGGAGGCUGGCUCUGUAUGAGGAGGAUGUGUCGGGUGUCCCGGGCCGCUCCCUGACCCUGCGGUCAGGCUGUAGCGUCAGGUCCCUCAGCUGUCGCUCUAUGAGCUGCGGCCACAGCUCCACCUCGCUGCACUCCCUGACCAGAGAGGAGGAGGAGGAGGAGGAGGAGGAGGAGGAGGAGCCCCAGGGAGGGGCGCCAUGCAGCCGCAUGGCUAAAGAAGUGAUCCCAGACCCUGAGCUGCUGAAGAAGAUGAGCUGCCUCCAGGCCACUAGCCUCUGUGGAGCUGAGGCCAGCUGCCUCCAGGCCACUAGCCUCUAUGGAGCUGAGGCCAGCUGCCUCCAGGCCACUAGCCUCUGUGGAGCUGAGGCCAGCUUAGAGUUGAACUCCAUCGUGGACUUCUUCCUAGCGCUGGCGGUCUGCAACAGUGUAGUGGUGUCCUCAUCCGGCCGGCCCUGUCACACGCACGCUGAUCUUCCCCACAACCUCACCUCAAGACUAUUGGCCCAGGGUGUGGCAGGGUCCCGGGGCGUGUCAGGGGCCCUGGGCGCGGCAGGGGUCCAGGGCGAGGUAGGCUCCUCCACCACAGCCACACCGUCGCAGGCGGGCGCCUCGCGGGAGAGCACACAACUUGGCCCAGGCACCGACCUGGUGAGGUCCAACGUGGCACUGGAAAACCCAAGGGACCCAACAGCAGAUGUGUUGACAGACAUGGGAAACCGAGAGGAGGGUCUUGGUGCCGUGGGGGCCCCCAAUGUUGGAACUGAACCCCUAAGAGUGUCGUCCCUGGAGGACCCGGCUUUUUGCCACAGUGGGCCGACGGCGGCCAAUGAGCAGCUCAUUUAUGAGGCAGAGAGCCCGGACGAGCUGGCCCUGGUGCAUGCCGCCCGGGCCUACAACUGCACCCUUCGGGGCCGGUCGGGGGACGAGCUUGCCGUGGAGCUGCCGGGGGCCACAAGCCGCCUGCACGUCAGCCUGCUCCACGUCCUGCCGUUCGACUGCACUCGCAGACGCAUGUCGGUGGUGGUGCGCCACCCGCUGACGGGGCGGUUGGUGCUGUACACCAAAGGAGCCGACUCGGUCAUCAUGGAGCUCUCCGAGCACCCAGAUGUGCCAGCCGGAGAGGGGUACGUUAACAUCCGAGAACAAACCCAGAACCACUUAGACGUCUACGCCAGAGACGGCCUUCGUACACUCUGUAUCGCACAAAGGGUUCUGGAGGAGGACGACUACCGGGCCUGGCAGAAGGGCCAGCUGCUAGCGGAGACAAGCAUCGAGAACCGAGAGGAGCUGCUGCUGGAGUCGGCCCAGCGUCUGGAGACCAACCUCACUCUGCUGGGUGCGACCGGGAUCGUAGAUCGCCUCCAGGAGGAGGUCCCAGAGACCAUUGAGGCCCUGCAGAGAGCUGGCAUCAAGGUGUGGGUUCUGACCGGAGACAAGCAGGAGACGGCCGUCAACAUCGCAUGCGCCUGUAAACUCCUGGGACCUGAUGACCAGAUUCUGAUCGCGAACUGCGGAAGUAAGGAUGCAUGUGAUGCCUUGCUCCAGGACCUCCUCUCAGAGGUUCGAGGCACAGGGGAAGGACCUGGCAGACCAACUUUGGGCGAGGACAAAGCUUUGCCAGCCGCGGCCGUGGGGGGCUUCGUCUUGGUGAUUGACGGACGAACCCUGGAAUGGGCCCUCCAGGACGAGCUGAAGGGGGGCUUCCUGGAGCUGAGCCGGCAGUGCAAGGCGGUCCUCUGCUGCCGGUCCACCCCCCUGCAGAAGAGCCAGGUGGUCCAGCUGGUCCGCAGCCAGCUCAGCGUCAUGACUCUGGCCAUCGGCGAUGGAGCAAAUGAUGUCAGCAUGAUCCAAGUGGCAGAUGUGGGCAUCGGGAUAUCUGGCCAGGAGGGCAUGCAGGCUGUUAUGUCAAGCGACUUUGCCAUCUCCAGAUUUAAACACCUGCGGAAGCUGCUCCUGGUCCACGGCCACUGGUGCUACUCUCGUCUAGCCAACAUGAUCCUUUACUUCUUCUACAAAAAUGUGAUGUACGUGAACUUGUUGUUCUGGUACCAGUUCAUCUCGGGAUUCUCGGGGAGCGUCAUGACCAACUCAUGGAUCCUGAUCCUGUUCAACCUGCUCUUCACGUCCGUGCCGCCCCUGGUGUAUGGCGUGCUCGACAGACACACGCCAGCCGACACCCUGAUGGAGCGACCUGAGCUCUACAGCUCCAGGCCAAGCACUAAGGUCUAUGGUUCCUCCACGUUCUGGCUCACCAUCAUGGACGCCUUCUACCAGAGUCUGGUUUGUUUCUUCAUCCCGUACAUGGCAUAUGCAGGGUCAGACGUUGGGGUCCUGGCCUUCGGCUCCCCUGUCAACGCGUCGGCUCUCCUUAUCAUCUUACUGCACCAGAUCAUCGAGAGCCACACCUUGAUGUGGAUGCACAUCGCAGUGCUGGUGGGGAGCGGCGUCUUGUACUUUGUGUUCACGCUGCUGUUCAGUGUGUGGUGUGUGACCUGCAGCCCGCCCACUAACCCCCUGGGGGUGGAGACCCUGACCAUUUCUCAGCCUCUGUUCUAUCUGGUGUGUGCCCUGACCACCGUCACCGCACUGCUGCCAAGGGUCUUGAUCCGGGCUCUUCUCAGGAGCAGAAGCUCCUCUUUGGUUGGGAGGAACCCAACAGGCCCCAGGAAACUGCAAGUGUCUGCUGAAAACCCCGGACUGGAGCCCGAUGACCAACUGGUUGGGUCAUGACAAACAUAUUAUUACUCUUUUCACCCAUAUUUCCACAAGGUUGGCCAUCAUAAUGGGUCACAGAUUUGUUUGCUUAUUGGGAAGGCAGAGUUGUCGACUUUACACCAAGGGCUCAAGGAAGUAAGAGUCUUCAGUCACUAAUAACCAGCCAUAGCAAAAAACUAUUUCCAUCCGUUGUGAUACUUGUCACUCUGUAAAGUGGAACCAAAGUCCGACCAUCUCUGGUAAAGGGAUGUGAUGAUGUGACUGCUGUUGUUUAUAAUACAGGUAUUAUCUUUUCAUUUUUGCUACGUAAAAACCAAGAAGUUGCAGUUCGAUUUAGACUUCAAAGUGUGGAAAAAAUUAUCUAUCAGGGAUUUCCAAAAAUAAAAUGUGUUAUUCAUUCAAUAUUGUUGAAAUGAUUCCAAAAGCAAAAGCUUUGAAAUGGCAAUUCAAUGUAACUUGCCCAAAUUAGGAACGAACAGUAUUUUCUACUAUGGGACACCGAUGCACCUAAGGAUGUUUGUAUUUGUUUCUGCUUUUAUUUGAUAUUUAUGUUAUGACGAAAGUUCUGUUAUUGCUCGGUUUUUUAUUUAAUUUAAUUUGAUUUCUUUAGGACACUCCGAAAUUAAAUGACAUGAGCAGUACAAAGGCCCAGAGGGUAUGUGUACAGUCUGACAGAGACAUGUAUUGGCCACUGUUUCUGUUCAAACAUUAAAUGCAAACCUUUGGCUCACAUUGGAUGUACAGCAGGCUGUUGUCAUGACUAGCCGCUUGUUGACUCACUAUUUUCCCCUAUUCCUUCAAUCUCCAAAAUGUCACAUUUACAAUGGGUCAGGCUGGUCUCUUACAAAAUUUGUAUAUCUUAAGAAAAGCUAUCGAAAAUGUUUCCUAAGAUAACUACGAAUGUCGACGAGUAAUCGGUGCGCCUGACCCCUCUGCGAAAACAAACAAGGUGGCUGACAUUUAUUUUAUUCUCAGUGGUAAAUGCAAUAUUUUAUAUAGAUUCAGCAUUAAAUGGGUUUGAUAACAUUUCUAUUAUGAAAGUUAUUCUGAAUAUUCUUACGCCAUACAUUGUUAAACCACACGGUUUCUAUCAUUGCUAUGGUGGGUGCUAUGGACGCGGCUAUCGCUGAGAACCAAAUAUGGCUGACAUUUAUUUGAUGCUCAUUGGAAAAUGCAAUAAUAAAAUUGUUUACGCAUUAAAAUGUGUUCAGAUUCAGCUUUAUUGGCCAGGUUUGCGAACAAACAAGGAAUUUGACUUUGGUCCCUUGGCUCUCUAUGUACAACUCUCAACAUUUAACCUAUUGUUAAUAUAUAAAAAAGCAAAAACAGAAAACAGUACAAAAAAAUAAAUAAUAAUAAAUAUAAAUAAACUGUUAAGUAUACAGAAUAACAAUACAAUAAAUAAUAAUAAUUAUAAUAAUAUAAUAAAAUAGAGGGUGGGGGCUAAUUCUGAGCGUUCAACAGAGAGACUGCUUGGGGAAAGAAGCUGACUUUGUGUCGGCUGGUUUUGGCAAACAGUGCCCUGUAUCGCCUGCCCGAGGGAAGGAGGUUGAACAUUUUGUGACCAGGAUGUGAGGGAUCUAGGGCGAUUCUUGUUGCCCUUUUCCUGACCCUGGACUGGUACAGGUCCUCAAUGGUGGGAAGGUCAGCUGCAAUGAUCUUCUCCGCAGCCCGUAUUGUCCGUUGCAGUCUGGCCCUGUCCCGUUUGGUGGCUGACCCAAACCAGAGGGUGAUCGAGGUGCAGAUGACAGACUGGAUGAUGACUGAGUAGAAGGUGGUCAGCAGCUCUUUAGGCAGAUUAAACUUCCUUAGUUGUGGCAGGAAGUAUAACCUCUGCUGGGCCUUUUUCUGGACAGAGUAAAUGUGGGGACACCAUUUUAAGUCCUGUGAAAUGGUUGUACCUAGGAACCUAAAGGAAUCAACAGUGGACAAGGUGCAGUUUAAGUCUAUCAAGCCCCAUGUUCUCGAUGUUGAAAUGUUGGUUGUCUGAUUGUGUUUGUGUCUGUGGUUGUGUUUUUGUUCUGUUGUACUCUUGUGUAUGUUAAGAAAGCAAUGAUGCACUGUGCCCAAGACAAAUUUCCCCACGGGGACAAUAAAGUUGAACCUUGACCUUGA